AUGUUGUCAAACCCAUUAUAUCCAACUGCUCCAAUUCAGAACACUCCACAUCAUUCUCUUUCUAUGCAUGCCCAGACCUGCAAGGAAGAGGCCAGAGAGAAGAUAACUUCGACUUCUAGCACUGUGGAAACAAGUAAUGUUGGAUCAGUUCUUGAGAGAGACAACACAAAGGAGGGUUCGAAGGUUCUUGGAGAUUAUUUGAUGAAUGAUGAGGAAAGGGCCUUGAGACUUAGGGGUAAUGCUGUUCGAAUUGGCUCAAGAAAGUCUCAAUUAGCUGUUAUUCAGUCCGAAAUAGUUGCUAAGACUAUCAACGAAAUAUAUCCUCACAUCAGGACUCCAGUCAUCAAGGUCAGCACAUUGGGCGACCAGAUUCAGAGUAAACCAUUGUAUACCUUUGGUGGUAAAGCUCUAUGGACGAAAGAACUUGAGGUGCUACUCCUGGAAAGUGUUGGUGAUUUUCCUCAGAUUGAUAUGAUUGUUCAUUCUUUGAAGGAUAUGCCAACCGUGCUACCUGAUUCAUUUGAAAUAGGAUGCAUUCUGGCUCGCGAGGAUCCUAGAGAUGCGCUCAUUAUGAAAGCCGGUUCGCCAUACAAAUGUUUGGCAGACUUACCUGCCGGUUCUGUUGUUGGAACUUCAUCAGUGAGAAGAUCGGCUCAACUUCUCAAAAACUACCCACACUUGAAGUUUAACUCUGUUAGGGGUAAUGUCAACAGUCGGAUUAGAAAGCUAGAUGAUCCUGAAUCCGAAUUUAGCUGUCUUAUUCUUGCUGCUGCAGGAUUAAUUAGGCUCGGCUUACGUUCUAGGAUUACGAAAUAUUUGGGACCCGACGAGAUGUAUCAUGCCGUCGGUCAGGGUGCUCUAGGUGUUGAAAUAGUCAAAGGUAACAAAAGACUGGAAAAAGUCUGUCAGAAGAUCAGCUCAUAUUCAACCACGUUAGAGUGCAUUGCUGAAAGAGCCUUGAUGAGAACAUUAGAAGGUGGCUGCUCUGUUCCUGUUGGAGUUUGGACCACUUUCAACAAGGAAACAAACACUUUGGAUCUCAAAUCAAUUGUGCUCAGUCCGGAUGGAAAGGAGUCUGUGACUGACGAGGUUGUUGCAAAAGUUACCAACUCUAAUGAAGCUAUGGAGUUGGGUAAUGAGAUUGGAAGAAGACUUAUCAAGAAGGGUGCCAAGAAGAUAUUGGAUGCCAUCAACUUUGAUAAGAUCAACGAAAUGAAACAGGCAGGAAUCGAUCACAGAAAUGCCAAGGGCAAGAAAUGA